AUGACAGUCCAGACAUGGCAAGAAAACUUUGACACCAAAUUCGACAAGAUUUGCCAAGAGUUCUGGAGCCACUUAAAGAGCUGCACCCGACACCCUGCCUUCUAUGCAGCUCAGGAGAACCAGAUAGCUGUGGUGACUCCUCCAUCUACAUCCAGACAUAAGGUCCAAUUGAAGCACUGUCAAGCAAACCAUGCAGCAGCACAGAGGGGUUCCCGUAACACGCCCCACCCUGUCAGCUGUCGCACACCAGAGCAGAGACAAAGGCCACAGCUCAUGCACAACCGUAGCAGCCAAGGACCGAUGUGGAUCCAAAGCUACAGCACAUUGAUCGCUACCCACCGCCAUCUUGCCCCCGUUUGGAGCUCCGUGAAGGGCCGACUUCCCAAGUGCAAACCCCAUGAUCAGGCAGUCUCUGUUCGCUAG